CUAAAGCUCCGUCCCACAUUCCAUCAUCAUAAUAUAUACAUAAGAGAUCAGCCUUUGACAUUUGAAUUUUUUGACAGCAUUUGGUUUUGGUGAUAUAUAUUCUCCUCCUCCUCCUCCUCCUCUCCCUAAUUCGAUCGAUAUAUCUAUUAAUUGUUGCGAGCCAUGGAUCAAGCAGAGCUUGCACGAGUCUUCCAGAUGUUCGAUCGAAACGGGGAUGGUCGCAUCACGAGAAAAGAGCUUAGCGACUCUUUGAAAAACCUGGGGAUCAACAUCUCGGAGGAAGACCUGAUCCAGAUGAUCGAGAAGAUCGACGUGAACGGAGACGGGUACGUGGACAUGGACGAGUUCGGCGAGUUGUACCAAACGAUAAUGGACGAGAAAGACGAGGAGGAGGAUAUGAAGGAGGCCUUCAACGUGUUUGAUCAAAAUGGAGAUGGCUUCAUCACGGGGGAGGAACUCAGCGAGGUCUUGUGCUCCCUAGGGCUAAAGCAUGGCAAAACCGUACAAGAUUGCCAAAGCAUGAUCAAGAAAGUCGAUGUUGAUGGCGAUGGAAUGAUUAACUACAAAGAGUUUAGGCAAAUGAUGAAGGCUGGUUCCUUUGCUGCUGCUUCAUUAAGUUGAGACUUCACAAGGCAAAGGGUGAGCUUGUUGGCGACGAUGGAAUCGUCUUUGGGUACUCGUCACCGCGAUCAUCAAUGACAACAAAGAUGCAAAGGAGCCAAGGACUUCAUCAAUGGAUUCUCAAAGAUGAAAGAAGACCUUGUGAAUUGUAAUGCUGAGAUCGAUAAUGAACAACCACAAUAGUUGAGGACAGACAUCAACCAUUAGAAUGUGAAGCAAUGCCAUCGUCUUAUUAGAGAAAACUAGCAUUUCUAUUUGAAGGAGAUGACGUGUGUUAAUAAAGUAGAUUGA